AUGUUCAGGCUUUGCUUGGUGGAGUUAAUGCUUGCCGGGGAGAACAAAAGUGUGUUUCCAGUUGUUAUUUUGAUCGGCGGUAUUUGGUGCUACCGGGACACAGCCGACUACUGUCCAUACUAUUCCGCCAUAUGGACAUCAGCUGUAUAUAUUCUGAACUCGUUGGUGGGCAGUGCUGCAGCCAAAAUUGGCACAGUCAACCUAUACAUGGCUCAUCUGGUGCUGUCAUUGGUCGCAGUGAUGAUGUGCCUUGUCAGCGGAGGUCUCAGCGCUCGAAACUGGGCCCUAGUUGGCACCUAUCAUCAUCCUCGAAUCGAUCGUGAUGAGGCUUUCUGCCUACUGGGCACACACGACGCCUCCAGUGUUCCUCAACAUUCUUUCCGCUAUCCUCUGUAUGAAAAGGACGUGUACCUCGUGUAUCUGAAUGCGGAACCACGCCCACGGCAGCAACUCGUCCCAUAUGGCGUGUCCCGGUGUUCCUCCAUAUUAUCGUUGUGUCUGGCAUUUUGUCACUUUUUGCGUCAAAUUUCAGGAUCUGUUUGUCGAUGUGUUUCUUUGUCGUUCCUCCUCGUUGCCAUAUGA